GUCCACCUUGCUGAGCUGUUGAGUCAGCCGGCUCGGGUAACGACGAUUACGUGCUUUACGUUUUUCCCGACGUGAAAUCCUCACCUCGACCAAUACCAUCACCUUCACUACCACCAUGAACUUCUUCAAGACGAAGCAGCGUACCCCAUCCGAUCUCGUUCGCGGUCUUCGGGACGCAAUACCCAAGCUCGAGUCUGGGGCCCCGGGCAGCGAGACAAGACGAAAAGCAAACGAUGAAGUCUCGAAGAACCUCCAGCAGAUAAAGGGCAUUCUCUACGGCGAUGGCGAUCCCCUCCCCGAGCUCGUCGCCCAGCUCGCGACCGAGACCUACGCAACCGACCUCCUCCUCCUGCUCGUGCAGCACAUCGCCCGCUUCGACUUCGAGGCACGCAAGGACGUCGUACAGAUCUUCAACAACCUCCUCCGGCGGCAGAUCGGCGCGCGCUGGCCCACCGUCGAGUACAUCUGCGCCAAGCACGAGGACAUCGUCUUUGGCGCCCUCGCCGGGUACGCGAACGAGGAGAUCGCACUCAACACGGGCAUGGUCCUCCGCGAGAUGCUGCGGCACGAGCAGCUCGCCAAGAUCCUGCUGUACUCUGAACAGUUUUACAUGUUCCCGCAUUAUAUUGAGACAACGACAUUUGGUGUUUCGUGUGAUGCUUUUGCGAACCUCAAGGAGACCCUCACGCGUCACAAGCCAAUGGUCGCUGAGUACCUCGACAAGAACUACGAUAGAUUCUUCAACUCAUUCACGACCCUCAUCCUAUCCACCAACUAUGUCACCAAGCGCCAGUCACUCAAGCUCCUCGGCGAGAUUCUGCUCGACCGCGCCAACUUCUCCGUCAUGACGCGCUACAUCGCGAGCGAGGGCAACCUCAAGAUGAUGAUGAACAUGCUCCGCGACAAGAGCAAGAACAUCCAGUUCGAGGCGUUCCACGUCUUCAAGGUCUUCGUCGCGAACCCCAAGAAGCCGGACCAGAUCGAGGCGAUCCUCCGGAGAAACAAGGAGAAGCUGCUCGUGUUCUUGAAGAACUUCCAUAAUGACAAAGAGGAUGAACAGUUCAGCGACGAGAAGCAGUUCCUCAUCGUACAGAUACAGAAUCUAUGAGCGAGCUAUAUCCAGUGCCCCUAUUCCCGUUCGUCCCUCUGCAAUAUCCUCAUCACUACUUGUUCGCAUGGCGACGCAUGGAGAUCCAUGAGCCUCGGGUUUUGAGUAUAUGCGCGCUGGGGCGACCGUGACACCCCUCGGCAUGUCUCGAUGGGUCAGUGCGGACGGAGCAGGGGGUGAGCUGGGAAGUUGGAAUGCAGCUGCAAGGGUGGUCGCGGUGGCGCGGAUAUCGCUGGGGACACGUUUUCUGCGGUCUGGAACGCAAGUCGUCGUUCUUGGUCUUGCGCUCCAUCAUUUUUCUAUAUCUUUUGGCUCCCGGACUCGUGGCUGCAAGGGACGGACAGAUGAACACAGCGACGGCGACGCGCAACGCGUCGCGUCGAUGUGUCGCGCCGUAGCAAUUACCCAUCACCACCAUCUAUCUACCCAGACAUUCCUCCAUUCCCCAUUUCAUUGGUUCGUGUUCAUUGUUCGGUCACCAUUCCACGUCUGUGCUAGUUGCUCAUAUUCACCGUCGAACGUCAUCUAUCGAUCUCAUCGUCAUUCAUCAUCCGUCUCUUUCGCCAGUAAUCAUCCCUUUAUCACCCGCCAUACCUUUUCUUAUCUCGUCUCCCUCAUAUCCACUAGUUCUCGGUUGAGUCGUCGUUACCGCGCAUGUACUAUACCUUCGUACUUUAUACCACAGUGAUGUGGCAGCC